AUGGGGCGCGGCCGGCCCAGGAAGCGACUGCGGUCCCGCGGGGACGACGAGGCAGCGAGGGAGGGGGGCGACGACGACCCAGCCCUCUUCCCCGUUGGCGCGGAGGUGGAGGUGCGCAGCGACGACCCCGGCUUCGUCGGCUCCUACUACGAGGCCACCGUCGAGGGGUACCAGCACAGCGACCUCAGCUACGUGGUGGCCUACUCCACGCUCAGCCGCAGGGACGGCGGGGACUCGCCGCUGCGGGAGGUCGCUGCCGCCACCAACGUGCGCCCGCGCCCGCCCCACAGGCCGCCGCCGCGGCGGGGUUUCGCCAUGCACGACAUGGUCGACGCGUUCCACAACGGCGGCUGGUGGGCCGGCGUCGUCGUCAGUGCCGUGCCGGUGCCGCCACCGGAGGUGGACACCGCGCAGCGGCCACGCAGGGUGUACAAGGUCUGCUUCCCGACGUCGCGGGAGCUGCUGGACUUCGAGGAGACGGCGCUGCGGCCGAGCCGCGUGUUCCUGGACGACUGCUGGGUCCCUGCUGCUGCUGCAAAGGCGAAGAAUGGAACACCACUAUUCAGAGAGGGAAGCCAAGUUGAAGUGAGUCGCUCCACGAAAACGUUUGGCAAAUACUGGAGUCCAGCUACUGUUCUCAAAGUAAUUGGCGCGUCGAGUUUCUUGGUACAAUACAGAGAUGUCAAAGAGGAUGGUGAACUUGUUACUGAGAUUCUAGAUUCUCAAUAUAUCCGGCCAACAAGAGACAUGGUUCGCAUGGACUCAAAGUAUAGAUUUUCCCCAUCUUCUCCCGCAGAAGUCUUUCGUGAAGGUAGCUGGUGGCCUGGUGUUAUUCUGGAGGUUUUGGAUAUUGAAUCAACCAAGAAGUAUGUCGUGAAAAUCAAGAGCCACGAGGCAGACAAGGAUGAUGCUGAAUGUACUGAUUUGUUGACUGUUGACCAUACACAACUGAGGCCGCGGUAUGACUGGUACCACGGAAAAUGGGUGCGCAGCAUGUCAGAGAAACCUGUUAACAGGGGGCCUGAAUCAACAUCUCGAAAAAGGCCAGCUUCUGCUGUCUUGGCAAUGGCAUCAUGUAACGAUAGUGUUGAUAUUGCUAGCAUGGCACCAUGUGUUGACAAUGACAGCAUCAGCUAUGAAUCUGGCUCACAUCUUAUGGAAAAGGUAAAUAAAGAUGUAGUAUCGGAACCAUUUUGGCCUGACUUGGUGUCCAAUGAAAAUGAUCCUACCAAGCAUAAGGCAAGCACUUGUCCUGAAAAAGUGGUGAAGCAACAAGGUACAAUAUUGUCAUUUAAGUCCCACUUGCCUACCAAGCGUAAGACAAGCAGUUAUCCUGAAAAAGUGGUGAAGCAACAAGGUACAAUGUUGUCAUUCGAGUCCCACUUGGCACUUCCUUCACAAUCAUCAGCGACAGGGUUUGGCAAUUUCAAAUAUGAUCCUAAACUUUCUCUAAGUGAUCAACUUGAACGAUCCUCUUCUCAGAUGGUGGCCAAGCCCUCUGCUCCACAGACUGGACAGCUGCUAGCUUCCUUGUUUGGAUCAUUCGGGACAUUAAGGCCUCUUCCUCUCCCACUGACCCCAUCUUUUAUAAUACCAUCACAUACCAUAGAAUUUGGCAGCGUUGUAGGAUCAAACAAAGCACUAGCUUAUCAGGAAAAGCAAUCAACUGAUGGAUGUUGUGAUGGUAUGGCUGGCGUUAACCAGAGCACUAAUUUUGGGCCAUUUUCUGCAUUCAAGAAUGUUGCAGCUCAUGAGGAACAUGGAAUGCCGAAACAGGAUCAUACUUCAGCCAUGGUAAGGUAUGCAGCUGAAGGUAUCCAAUCCAUCGAGAAUUCAGAAAUAGUACAAUUGUUUUCUAUUAGUACGAGCAACUCUACUGAAGCACGGCCUGAUGAUACAUUGAUUGCACCAAAAGGUGACAUGGUGAGGUAUGCAGCUGAAGGUGGCCAGUCCACCGAGAAUUCAGAAAUAACACAGUUGUCUUCUAUUGGUACGAGCAACUCUACUGAAGCGCAACCUGGUGAUACAUUGAUUGCACCAAAAGGUUCUGAGGGUACGCCAAUGUCCAAGUUUGUUCCAAGCAGAACACACGGCUCUAGCGACUCCUUGCUGCAGGGAUCUCGUGAUGUCCAGGAGAGCAUCAUAGCUGAACAGCCUUCAGGAUCCUCGGAUGUUGAGGAAAUUCCAUUCGUGAAGACCUCCCCGUUGUGGGCACAGAUUGAGGCAAUGGAAGUUUUCCGUAAGGUGUUGCAACGACCAAACUUUCAUAAGUGGCAGCAGCACGUUCCAGAGCUCCGUGAAGGAAUGGCAUUGGGUCUGAUGCUCUCUUUCGCCAACCUGGCAGAGAGCGUAAAGAGGCUAUGCAUUGAGGAUGACGAUGCAGUGUUCGAAGAGAAGAUGAAGGGCGUUUCUCUGCUGGAAGCUGAUGGGUUCGACGUGGAGCACCUGCGAUCACGCCUGGAAACAUUGCUGCGCAUAAAGAAGGGGCAUGCCAAACUGCAGGGCGCAAUUAAAGAUCUGGAGCUGAAGUUUUCUCACGAAGAGACUCAGAGGCGCGCACAGAUCGGUGUGCUAAAUAUGACUGUCCGUCAGCUUGAACUGCAGGCUUGUCUCUUCCGCCGCAUGAUGCAGUCUGCUCUUUCACAGGAGAUAAGUGAUGCCUCGGAGAUCUCGAGGCUGAAAGCAGAAGUUAGUAAGCUCGAGCAGUGCUUCAGCAGCGCCACCGCAUCCCCGUGGUGA